CAGACAGACACUGUUGUUGACGUGCAUUGACUGCAUGACGUGUGAUGAUGACUCAAUGACUGCCGGCAUGACUCUCACUGUCUUGACGCAUGCAUCAAACUGAACCACACAGACAGUGCGGCCAUAACGCACACGCCAAAAUGGACGGACACUGAGCGAGUGAGUGCCACACACGUGCGAGUAAGUAAAUGAAACGCAUCAGCUCUCUAGCUGAUAGACAGGUAGGUCACAGCCAGCCGCAUAGUCAGACCCCACUGGUAGAUUCAUCCAAUCAGUCAGUCAGUCACCAUCACACACACAGGUGGGGUGGGGUGGGGUUCAUUCACAACGACCGCGUCGGUCCCUUGGCCUGCAGCAACCUGACCUCUCCCGGCUGAUAUGAGUACUGAAAGUGAGACCUGGCAGACAGACGCGCCAACACACGCAGAAUCAGUCGUCUCUCUGUGUCGGUCGGUCAGAGCAUCCUGACCGACUGGCUGGCUUACUUGAGGUCGUUGAGGGAGUCGCCCCUGAAGGCGGCCUCCGUCACGGAGAGGACAUCCGAGUCAGGUGUGAUCAGCAGCAGGUCUGAGCGGAAAUAGCAGGCUCCCAUACACGGAUGAAUGGGCCAUGAGCGAUCCUCACCCUGCCCGCUGUACUGGCCCUCGAGGAUGUUGAACAGCUGCCGGAUCCUUAUGAAGAGGUCCAUCACAGACUCGUUGGGCGUCCCGUCCGAGCCGGGGGGCGGCCUCGCGUCAAUCGACUCAACAUCCUGACACACACACACACGCAUAUUCCCUCUCCCAUUUGUGUGCUCCGUGUGUUUGUGUGUGGGUGUGUGUGUGUUGGGCUUGCCUGCUGGUGGAUGGAGUCGUAAAGAGAGAGGCUUGAGCCAUCGAGGGCGCCCACGCCCCUCUGCAAGCCGCGACACAGCAGCACAAACAUCAUUCAUCGUGCAAAGCAUGUGUAUGUGUAUGUGUAUAUGUGUGUGUGUGUGUGAGCUCCCGCCCGUCGGUACGGGGUCAAGAUAAAGGUACUCGGGCACGAGCCUGUCCUGGGGUAUGCCCAGCAUGUUCUUCAACAUCAGGCCGGUCUCCAGUGACCGCUGGCUGAUGUUUGCCCAGAUGAAACACCCGCCACUCUCCAGGCUUGAGCAGAACUGGCACCAUCGGCAGACAGCAUCCAUCGACAGAAUCGAUCGCAUCACACACAAGUACGCCCGUAUCUAUCAGUGUCACGGGCUGACACUGAUGUGGACGAGCCAGAAACCAAGACCCCCGCGUGCGUGCCCUCUUGUCUGACUGACCUGCAUUUGGACGAGGCGCCUGGCUGCCUCCUCCACCUCGGCCUGCCCAGCCUGGGUCAGCUGGUUGCCCUCCAUCGGACCCUUGUUGCCUGAAACAAGAGUGAGUGAGUGAGUGGGUCGGUGAGUCAGUCAGUCACAUCAAAGAAAGCUUCAUCACGAUGGAUGGAUGGAUUACCUGGGUUGGUAAAGAAGGUCCCCUGCCGCUCGGCUGUCGACUCACCCGCACGCAUCAGGAAAUACCUGGACGGACGGCAUACAAGCACAUCUCCUGACGUCAUGGCAUGGCAUGCGCGAGUGAGUGAAACGCGGCGGCCCGUCCGCCUGACUGGCUUGCCUGUUGUUCAGCCUCACGCCGACCGGAUCUUCAGACAAGAUGUUGACGAAGGCUUGAGCAGGCGGCGGCGUGUCAAUGGCCCAUGGAACAGACGCCGCGCUGAGCAUCAGCACGAUGCUCACAAGCAGCCUCGAAAGCCCUUCCCGCCACCAGGCUGCACCGGGGACCUCAUCUGCCGGCCGCCUUUUGUCAGCUGCACCAACACCAGGCAGGCUGCCCGGGUCUGCAGGAUGAUCAUCAUUGGCACCGCGCUGCCUGUCGGCUCGGCCACUGAGUGGCAGGUGAGGAUGCCGAAGCCUUGCUCGCAGCCCGAACGAAGAUGACAGCCUUAGAGGUGAUGGAGAAGGCGUGAAUGCACAGCAGACGUGCAGAUCCAAGAUCAGCAGGAAGUGGCCCAGCAGUUGCCCAUCGCGCUUGCCCAACUUCUUCACCUGAACACCAACAUACCGAAAUGUUUGUGCUGCUGAACUGACGUGCGGCGCCUGCCCUUCUGUGAUUUUCACCAUUUGUGAGACACUGCU